GAGACAGUUUGUUGGAUGUUGUCUCCUUUGGUUGGGACUUGAGCAGCAGCACGCAGCAGCUAAUUUGCUUCUUGAAGGGCCUCACGAGUCCCCGCGUGCUGCUGCUGCAGCAGCUGCCAGACUCGCAGCAGGCUGCUGCUGCUGCUGAUGGCCUUCUCGGGCCCCUGCUGCAGCAGCGCCGAGCAGCAGAAGCUGCUGCUGCUGCUGCUGCUGCUGCUGCGGCUGCUGCAGCGCGGGCCGGCGAGGCAGGCGAGGGGGAAGCGGCGGAAGCAGCAGCAGAAGCAGCAGCAGCAGCUGCUGCUGCUGCUGCUGCUGCUCCGGACAGUCAGACGAGACGCAAGGCCCUCCCGCGUUCUGCAGCAACAGCAGCAACAGCAGCAGCAGCAGCAGCAGGUCGGCAGCAGCGCAGCAACAGGCGAAAGCAGCGAGCAGCAAAGAAAGGAAGGGAACCCUCGCCCUCCUCUUGCUGCAGCAGCAGCGCAGCAGCAGCAGCAGCAGCAGCAGGGGACCCCGCAGACUGCUGCUGGUUCUUCGGAACGGAACAGCAGCAGCAGCAGCAGCAGCAGCUCGAGCAGCAAUGGUUGAUGCUGCAGCGCCCGCUGCUGCCUUCGCCCAUAGCGCCCAAGCCCCAGUUGCUGCGGUUCUUGCGUCUGUACAGCGGGGGCCUUCCCCGCGGCGGCGCUGAGGUGUAUGGACACCUGCUGUGGCUGGAGGCGGAGACACUGGAGAGACAGUGGCUUUGUGUUGCUGCUACGGAAAAGGGAUUCAUUGUUGCUUCCAAAAGACCAACGGGUUCAGCAGCAACAGCAGCAGCAGCAGAAGCUGCAGCUUACCACCCUUGCAUCCCCGUCAGCAAGGCUUUCCCGCUGCAGCAGCUGGUGGCCCCUGACGGCCGCUGCCUGCCUUUCUCUGCUGCUGCUGCUGCAGCAGCAGCAGCAGGAGCAGCACCGACAGCAGCAACAGCAGCAGCAGCAAACGCCUUCGUCUUUGACACUCUUGCCGAUUUGUUUUGCGCCUAUUCUCCAGCUUUUGCUGAGAAGGAGGCUGAUGGCGAGGCUUCAGAGGGGGCUGGCGAGCCUCUUGGGGGCGUGUCUCCCGCAGCAGCGGAUGCAGCAGCAGAAGCAGCAGCGGAAGCAGCAGCAGCAACAGCUGCUGCUGCUGCAGCUUUGGCAAGCAGCAGCUGCUGCAGCAGGCUGUGGGCAGCAGAAGCAGCAGCUCUAAUGAGGGGCCCCCCUUCUCCAGAUUUUGGAGAUCGGAUUGCUGCUGAAAGAGCAGCAGCAAAGUUGUCCACAGAGUUUCGGCAAGCAGCACUGGAAGGCGCCAUGGCGCUGCGGGAGGGGCGGCUUUCCCCUGUUGUGGUGCCUGCUGCUGCAAGUGCAGCAGCAGCAGCAGCAGCAGCAGCAGCAACAGCAGCAACAGCAGCAGGACCAACAGCAGCAGCAGCUCGCGCGGUGUACGUACGCAACAACAUUUUGUUUAUAGCUGACAGAGAGCCUGUGGAGCGCAGCAGCAAAAUUACAAUUCCCAGCUGCGGGGAGGUCGCAGCAGCAGCAGCAGCAGCAGCAGCAGCAGAAUCAGCAACAGCUGUUGCUGCUGCUGCGGAUGCUGCUGCUGUUCGUGAGACGCUGCGUAAAGUUGCAGAGACAUGUGAAAUGGCUCGGCUCUGUGAGGACGAAGGCGUGUCUGCCGCAGCAGCAGCAGCAGCUGCUGCUGCAGUUACAGCAGUUGCUGCUCCGGAAGCAGCAACAGCAGCAACAGCAGCAGCAGCAGCAGCAGCAGCAGGCCCCUCCUGGCCCCUGGCCGUCACCGUAGACUUUGCUGGCUGCCGCGUGCUGUGUAUGGCGCUGCCUGAGGAGGCCCCGCUGCUGUCUUGCUGCUGCAGAUCAGCAGCAGCAGCAGCAGCAAAUGCAGCAGCAACAGCAGCCCGCGGCAAACGAGAAUCAGCAGCAGAAGCAGCAGCGCCGCAGCAGCAGCAGCAGCAAGGAGAAGGCAACUCAAAGACAGACGCUGCUCUCGCUAGAAUAUUGGGUGUCACGCGAGGCACCCCUAGCAGCAGCAGCAGCAGCAGCAGCAGCAGCAGCAGCAACGCUGCUGCUGCUGGCCGUCUGAUGCCUGUUGACCUGAUGGCCUCCCCCUUCGGUCUUGGGGAGACACCCGCGGAGCUUGCUGCUGCUGCUGCUGCUGCUGCUGCCCGCCUGGGGGCCAAGGGCCGCGGUGAGGAGGCGGUUGCUGCUGCAGUUGCUGCUGCUGCUGCAGCCACUGAGGAGCUAGCAGCAGCAGCAGCAGCAGCAGGCCUCACGAAGCACAAACCUCAUGCAACUUGCCCAGACGUUAGGCCCGAGCUGCUGCGAGCCUUCUUAACCUUCCAUUCCAAGCAGCAGCAGCAGCAGCAGCAGCAGCAGCAGCAGCAGCAGCAGCAGGGAGACAGGGGCCAUUCCACAGCGUCUGAGGCCUUGGAGGCUGAGCUGCAGCAGAGGCUGGCUGAAGCCUUUAAAAAGCACCGCAGCAGCAGCAGCAGCAGCAGCAGCAGCAUGCACGUGCUGCUGCGUGCUGCUUCUUGGUUUGGGGCUGAUUGCCGGGGAGGCAGCAACGGCUACAGCCAGCGGCUGCUGCUGCUGCAGCAGCAAAUUCAAGCUUGCUGCAGCGAGGUGCUGCUGCGGUCUAUGGAGGGAACUAAGGAGCAGCAGGAGACGCUGCUGCUGCUGCGCAAAAGAGACAUUCAAAGCCUACGGGAGGCACUUGAGCAGCAGCUGCAGCACAAGGCCCAGCAGCAGCAGCAGCAGCAGCAGCAGCAGCAGCAAGAUGAGACCGGGAAUGAGAGCUCACUGCCGACCUCAGCCUCAUCAGCAGCAGCUGUUUCCGCUCCCGCUGAUCAUGCUGCUGCUGCUGCUGGUGUUGCUGCUGUUGCUUCAGAUGACAGUGCUGCUGCUGCUGCUGCUGCUGCUGCUGAUAUUGCUGCUGCUGCUUGGGAAGGCCGCGCAGGCGACGUGGCGCUGCUGUCGCUGCUUGGGGAGGAUGUAUCGCUGCUGCAGGAGAGCAGCAGCAGCUUGCUGCAGCGCGCUGAAGCAGCAGCAGCAGCAGCUGCUGCUGCUGCUUUCCCCCGGCCCCCCAACGUCCCAGCAGCGCAGUGUCUGCUGCUGGAUGUGGGGCAGCCAGCAGCAGCAGCAGCAGCAGCAGCAGCAGCAGCAGCAGCAUCGGGCCCUACUCCAGGGCCGGACUGCGCCGAGAGCGGAGCCACUCCUGGUUGUUCACCACAGCAGCAGCAGCAGCAGCAGCAGCAGCAGCAGCAGCAGCAGCGGGAGCAGCUGCUGCUGCUGGGGGCGUACCUGCGGCGCGUGGCCGUGCCGCUAGCAGCAAAGCUGCUGUGCGAGCAGCAGCUGCUGCUGUGGGGUCUCCCGCUGCUGCCAGGAGACCUUAAGGCUUUUCUGCAUCUCCAGGGUCUCCGCUGCAGGCACUUGGGCGCUGUUUACCGCGCUGUGCAGCAGCUGCUGCCCCCAGCAGCAGCAGCAGCAGCAGCAGCAGCAGCAGCAGCAGCAAAAGCAGCAGCGGCGGGGGCGGCAGGGGCAGAGCCUGCGCCUGAAGCAGGAGCUCAAGACAAAGCAGCAGCAGCAGCAGCAGCAGCAGCACCUGUGGAGGCAGUUGAGGGCGCAGCUGCUGCUGCUGCUGCUGCUGCUGCUGCUGCUGCUGAGCAAGUGCCUUUCCCGCUGCUGCUGCUGGAAAGAGACAUUUUGCUGCGCUGCAGCAAAUGGCUGCUGAACCGGCACCUCGGAAGCCUCACAUUGGGGCAAGUUGCUGAGGGUCUCUCCCACCUGCUGAACUGUCUCUUUGCGCCGCUGCUGCCGCCCCCAGCAGCAGCAGCAGCAGCAGCAGCAGCAGCAGCAGCAGCAGCAGCAGCAGGGGCGAGUGCGCAGGAACAGGCGCUGCUGGCAGUGCUGCAGCAGACACCUCAGAGCCUCUGGGAAGGCCUGAGGGCCCGCGCGUGGACUCACUUUGGCCAUUUGCUGCCUCCCUCGAUUUGCUGCUGCUGCUGCUGCAGCACAGCAGCAGAUGCUGCCGUGCUGCUGCGCUGCCUCUGCCAGGCCUUGGGUGUGCAGCUCAACCAGCAAGUGCCUCUUAAGUUGCUGCGGGCCCACAGCAGCAGCAGCAGCAGCAGCAGCAGCAGCAGCAGCCAGCAGCAGCGACUGGAGAUCCCCAAGUGGAUGCGCGUGCUGCAGGGCAAAGAGCAGCAGCAGCAGCACAAGCAGCAGCAGCAGCACAAGCAGCAGCAGCAGCAAAAGCAGCAGCAGCAGCAAAAGCAGCAGCAGCAGCAGCACAAGCAGCGGCAAAAGGGAACAACUGACACAGAGGAGACUGGGGCUUCAACGGACACAAGAGAGACUGCCAGCGACUCCUCUCCAGUAUCGCAGCAGCAGCGGCAGCAGCAGCAGCAGCAGCAGCAGCAGCAGCAGCAGCAACAGCACUGGCCUCUCCAGGCGUCAAGGAAGGGCAUCCCACCCACAACGGUGUCUUUGCCCUCUUCCCCCAGCAGCAGCAACAGCAGCAGCAACAGCAGCAGCAACAGCAGCAGCAGCAGCAGCAGCAGCUGCGGAUUAAUGAAUGCAGGGGAUGUGCUGCGAGUGUCUCCUUUGCUGCAGCAGCAGCAAAGCUGUCCCCCCAGCCAGACGAUCCGGGCGCUGAUUGCUGCUGCUUGCUGCUGCUGCUGCUGCUGCUCCGAGAAUGCUGCAGGGGCCCUUGACCUGCUGCAGCAAACACUUUGUGUCUCUCACCAGCUUCCCGCCUCCGUAUUCGCGGAGGCGCCUUUGUCUUAUUUUCUCGUUGGCUUUUUAUUUAGUUUAGGAGGAGAUGAUUUAAAUGCAUGCAGCAAUUUGCAGAGAUCUUUGAUUCUUUGCGAGCGCAGCAGCAGCAGCAGCAGCAGCAGCAGCAGCAGCGAGCAGCAGCUGCUGCUGCUGCUGCACCUGCAGCUCGCCUGCUGCUUCGCCCGCCUCCCCGGGCUGCUCUGCAUGCGCCGCAGCUUCGCCCACAUGCAGAGGGCUUUGCUGCUGCUGCUGUGGGGUGUGGGGCCCCGCCCGCACUGUUUGCUGCCGCUGCUGCUGCUUGCUGCAGCAAGGUGCGCGCUCGACCAGCUGCAAGUGCAGCAGCAGAUCCACACGCAGCAGCAGCAGCAGCAGCAGCAGCAGCAGCAGCAGAUGGAGCUCCGGGACUUGCAGCAGGCCGCCGCAAUCGCACGGCGCUGUGCUGCAGCAGCAGAGGCAGCAGUUGAAGAGCUCCUGACCAGCAGCAGCAGCAGCAGCAGCAGCAGCAACAGCAGCCUGUACCUAGUGGAAGUGUACACGCAACUGUCUACAGUGUGGGAAGGCGCAGGCGACUGCAGCAGAGCCUUCAAGUGGGCGCGAGCAGCACGCAGUGUUGCUGCUGCUGCUGCUGCUGCAGCAGCAGCAGCAGCAGCAGACGCAGCAGCGGCAGACGCAGCAGCAGAUGCAGCGGCAACAGACGCAGCAGCAGCAGGCGCUGCAGCGCUGCAGGAAGCAGAAGCUCGCCUGCUGCGUCUUACAAAGAUCGUUGUGCUUCAGGCGCAGCAGCAGCAGCAACAGCAGCAGCAGCAACAGCAGCAAAGGUCACUGCUGUUGUCACGACUGCGCCAGGCAACCGAAAUGCUGCGGCCCUAG